AUGGCCGACAGCAAGAACGAGGAUUUGGCAACUGCCAUUCUGAAGCGCAAGGAUCGCCCGAAUCGUCUGAUCGUUGAUGAAGCCGGUAAUGAUGACAAUUCGGUCAUUUCGUUGUCACAGGCGAAAAUGGACGAGCUGGAACUGUUCCGCGGUGAUACCGUGCUGCUGAAAGGCAAGCGCCGCAAGGAAACGGUUUGCAUUGUCCUGUCGGAUGAGAACUGCCCGGAUGAGAAAAUUCGCAUGAACAGAGUGGUGCGCAACAAUCUACGCGUUUGGCUCGGGGAUGUAGUGAUGAUUCAAUCCUGCCCGGACGUCAAGUACGGUAAGCGCGUACACAUACUGCCGAUUGACGAUACGGUCGAGGGCCUGUCGGGCAAUCUGUUUGACGUGUACCUGAAACCGUACUUCCUGGAAGCCUACCGACCGAUCCACAAGGAUGAUACUUUCGUCGUUCGCGGUGGCAUGCGUGCGGUAGAAUUCAAGGUAGUCGCAGCCGAUCCGGAACCGUACUGUAUCGUCGCCCCUGAGACGGUGAUCCACUGCGAAGGAAAUCCGAUCAAGCGCGAGGAGGAAGAGGAGACACUGAAUGCGGUUGGGUAUGAUGAUAUUGGUGGGUGUCGUAAGCAGCUGGCCCAGAUCAAAGAGAUGGUCGAGCUGCCACUGCGUCAUCCGUCCUUGUUCAAGGCGAUCGGUGUGAAGCCACCGCGCGGUAUUCUCAUGUACGGUCCACCCGGCACGGGUAAAACACUGAUAGCACGUGCCGUUGCGAAUGAAACCGGGGCGUUCUUCUUCCUUAUCAAUGGGCCGGAAAUUAUGUCCAAGUUGGCGGGCGAGUCCGAAUCGAAUCUGCGCAAAGCGUUCGAAGAGGCGGAAAAGAAUUCGCCGGCAAUUAUCUUCAUCGACGAGAUCGAUGCCAUCGCACCGAAGCGUGAGAAGACGCAUGGUGAGGUGGAACGGCGAAUCGUGUCACAGCUGCUCACGCUGAUGGAUGGCAUGAAGAAGAGCUCGCACGUGAUUGUGAUGGCAGCGACGAAUCGUCCCAACUCGAUCGAUCCCGCACUGCGUCGUUUCGGGCGUUUCGAUCGUGAGAUUGACAUCGGUAUCCCGGACGCUACUGGCCGAUUAGAAGUGCUUCGCAUUCAUACCAAGAACAUGAAACUAGCGGACGAUGUCGAUCUGGAGCAGAUUGCGGCCGAAUCUCACGGUCACGUGGGUGCCGAUUUGGCUUCGCUGUGUUCCGAGGCGGCCUUGCAGCAAAUUCGCGAAAAAAUGGAUCUGAUCGAUCUGGAGGACGAUCAGAUUGACGCGGAGGUACUCAACUCGCUGGCAGUUUCGAUGGAAAACUUCCGCUACGCGAUGACGAAAUCAAGCCCGUCCGCGCUGCGCGAGACUGUGGUGGAGGUGCCGAACACGACAUGGACCGACAUUGGUGGUCUAGAGAAUGUCAAGCGCGAGCUACAGGAGCUGGUACAGUACCCGGUCGAACAUCCGGACAAGUUCCUCAAGUUCGGUAUGCAACCUUCGCGCGGUGUCCUGUUCUACGGACCGCCCGGUUGUGGUAAAACGCUGCUCGCCAAGGCCAUCGCCAAUGAGUGUCAGGCGAACUUUAUCUCCGUCAAGGGUCCGGAGCUGUUGACGAUGUGGUUCGGCGAGUCGGAAGCAAACGUGCGCGACAUAUUCGAUAAGGCACGUUCCGCUUCGCCCUGUGUUCUGUUCUUCGACGAGCUGGACAGUAUUGCGAAGUCGCGUGGCGGUAAUGUGGGCGAUGCGGGCGGUGCCGCCGACCGUGUGAUCAACCAGAUUCUAACCGAAAUGGAUGGUAUGGGAGCGAAGAAAAAUGUGUUCAUUAUCGGCGCCACCAACCGACCGGACAUCAUCGAUCCGGCCAUCCUGCGCCCGGGCCGUCUGGAUCAGCUGAUCUACAUUCCGCUGCCCGAUGAAAAGUCACGUGAAGCUAUCCUGCGUGCGAAUCUGCGCAAGAGCCCGGUAGCGGAGGAUGUGGAUCUGAAUUACGUGGCGAAGGUAACACAGGGUUUCUCGGGUGCCGAUCUGACGGAAAUUUGCCAGCGUGCCUGUAAGCUGGCCAUCCGUCAGGCGAUCGAAGCGGAAAUCCGACGGGAGCGAGACCGUGCCGCUAACCAAAAUUCGGCAAUGGAUAUGGAUGAAGAAGAUCCGGUGCCGGAAAUAACGCGUGAUCACUUCGAGGAAGCGAUGAAGUUUGCCCGCCGUUCCGUAUCAGACAACGAUAUUAGGAAGUACGAAAUGUUUGCCCAAACUUUGCAGCAAUCUCGUGGCUUCGGGACCAACUUCCGAUUCCCCUCGGGACAGGGCAGCUCAAGUUCGCAGGGCCAGGGUUCGUCACAACCGACGAGCAAUAAUCCCGGCGAUAACGGUGAUGACGAUCUCUACAGCUAGAUUGCCGCGGCUAUAGACACAUCUAUCCCUCUCCUUUAUUAGACUAACAAUUGCUCCGUUGCCACAGCUGCAGUCUUUAAACAUAC